CCUCCUCCACCUCCUGACGUAGUCGUCGUCGUCGUCGUCGUAAUCUUCUUCUUCUUCUUCGUUCCCUAUCCGAUAUCCUGUAACGAAUGAUAUCGAAAUCGAGCAAUAUGAUUUUACUUCGAUAUUGGCUCAACGAUUGGCCUUCUUUUAGCCAACGUGAAAAUAAGUCUUUAUUCUUUUGACAAUAAACGACGACAACUUCUUCUCCACUUACUCGUCGAACACGGGAACACCACACCAGGCACGGAUUUUUCGAAGCCUCCUCAGACAUUGACCCGUUCGGCCGAGAUCGGGCUACUCGAGUGUCCACGGACAUUCCCGAACGUGACGUCAGCGAUAUACCAACCCCCUUUACAGCCCCCGCCCCACACACACUCCGCGCCCUAACCAAACACGAUUUAGCAACACUCGAUAGCUGGCACCACCGGCAAACCGCCGCCAUUACUAACCUCAAAAUAUCCUCCAUUUAAUUUCUAGUAUUUCCAUUCUCAUCUCCGAUCUGCCAUCUUUCUUCUUCUUACUACGAUUGCAUCUGUCGUACAUUUUCAUUGACUCCUAUCGGAAGUUACUAGAGUAUAGUGAUUUUUUGUUUUUUCAUCGUUGGUAUCAUUGCAUUACUUUUUUUCAUUUUUCUUUUUUUAGGUUACACCACUACUGUCAGUUAGAUUAUCUGACGCAUUCUGACGUGUACAAAAUUGCGAUAUCAUUGAUAGGUUAGUUCGGAGAUUAAUGUGUUACGGUUUUCUUUAUUAUUAAAAUAUUAUACAAUCAUGCUCGACCUUUUUACGAUAUUUAGUAAAGGUGGCAUUGUUUUAUGGUGUUUUCAAAGUACUUCGCAAAUUUUUACACCCAGCGUUAAUGCCUUAAUUAGGAGUGUUAUUUUGCAAGAACGUACUGGAAAUCACACGUUCGAGCAUGAAUCAUUACGUUUACAAUAUAAACUUGACAAUGAAUUUGAAUUAGUAUUUGUAGUAGCGUAUCAAAAAAUACUUCAAUUGUCGUACGUAGAUAAAUUUUUAAACGACAUACAUCUUCAAUUUAGAGAUAAAUUUAAAAAUGAAUUGGAAUCGUCCCAGUGGUUUACGAAUUUUGAAUUUCAACAAAAUUAUAAUAAUGUAUUGGUUGCCGCUGAGCAAUGGGCACGGGCACAGGCUAAAAUACCUAAACAAAUGCGUACCUUUGAUGAGAGUCUUAAAUCUAAAAAGACUGUUGCUAGUAUGAUAGAGAGAAAAGACGAUAAGGAGAAUAAAAAACAGGGUAAAAAGAAGAAGGGAACUAUUAACAAUAAUGAAAUUGAGGAUACAAAGGUGCAAGAAGCACCAAUCUUAGAAUCUUCUAAACCACAAAUCGGAAUUAUGGAUAAAGAAGAAACACUUAUUGCAAAUCGUAUUAAGCUGUCCCAAAAAUUGAAAGGGCUACAGAAAAAAAAUGAUAAGCAAAAAAGUUCGAAGUCGGAAAAAGCGGGAAAGAAACCACGAGUUUGGGAACUAGGGGGUACUACCAAAGAUCUCGCUUCGCUGGAACGUACCAAAGACAAACCGGAAGAAAUAGGCGAUUACGUUCCAGCUGAUACAGGAUUGGUGGGUAAAAUGAAGGGUACUAUUCGCGAUUUGGAAGUUGAGAGUGAUUCCGAUGAUGAAGAUUCUGACGAAAUGGAAAUAGAAAAUUCGAAACCACAAGUACAAAAGAAAGCAAAUAGCAUGUUUUCUAUGUUUAAGAGCCUUGUUGGCAAUAAAUCUUUAAAACAGGAGGAUAUGCUUCCGGUUUUAGACAAACUCAAGGAUCAUUUGAUAUCUAAAAAUGUAGCAGCUGAUAUUGCGCAAAAGUUAUGCGAUUCUGUUCGAGUGAAAUUGGAAGGAAAGGUUCUUGGUACAUUUGAUAGUGUAACGAGUACGAUUAAAGCCACUUUAACCGAUUCGUUGGUACAAAUAUUAUCUCCUAAAAGGAGAGUUGAUAUUUUAAGAGAUGCUUUCGAAGCUAAAAAGAAUAAUAGACCAUACGUUAUGUCAUUUUGCGGUGUUAAUGGAGUUGGCAAAUCUACCAAUUUGGCUAAGAUUUGCUUUUGGUUAAUAGAAAACAACUUUCGUGUACUUAUUGCUGCGUGUGAUACAUUUAGAGCUGGUGCAGUAGAGCAAUUGAGAACUCAUAUGCGUCAUCUAAAUGCACUUCACCCUCCAGAGAAACACGGAAAUUUAUCAAUGGUUCAACUUUAUGAAAAAGGUUAUGGGAAAGAUGCAGCUGGUAUUGCUAUGGAAGCUAUCAGAUUUGCUAAAGAUUCCAGAUUCGAUGUGGUUUUAAUAGAUACUGCGGGAAGAAUGCAAGAUAAUGAACCUUUAAUGAGAGCUCUAGCUAAAUUGAUUAAAGUUAAUGAACCAGAUUUGGUAUUAUUUGUUGGCGAGGCUCUUGUUGGAAACGAAGCUGUAGACCAACUAGUCAAAUUCAAUCAAGCUCUAGCAGAUUAUAGUAAUUCUACGAAUCCUCAUAUUAUCGAUGGCAUUGUUUUAACUAAGUUUGACACUAUCGAUGACAAGGUGGGUGCAGCUAUUUCGAUGACAUAUAUUACCGGUCAGCCGAUUGUUUUUGUUGGAACUGGUCAAACUUAUACAGAUUUAAAAUCAUUGAAUGCCAAAGCUGUUGUACAUGCUCUGAUGAAAUGAACGGUACAGAAAACAGCAACUAUAAAUGAAAUUGCAAUAUUAUUUAUUUGUAAUGAAAUUGAUUUAUCCAUAUAUACAUAUAUGAAGAAAGUAGCAAAAAAGAA